GGGGAGACACUGAGGGUCUCCCUGCCCCCUCUUCUCUCCCUCCCUUGUCCCCACAUGAAACCAGCCUUAAUGAAAACAAGCUGCUCCGCAGCGAUCCUAGCCAGUGAGCUCAAGGCUGCAGAGGAGGAGGGCUCCAGGCUGGGCUCAGAUAGACACCGUCCCAAGGAGCCAAAAGAAACUGGGCAAGGAGUGCAGGACAAGCAAACUUUUCCCCUUUGCUUUUACAUUCUUUCAAGCUCUGCAGACAGACCCCCCUGGCAGGAGGGUGCUGGGAGACUUUAGCCUCUGUCUAACCUGCAGCUGAGUCCUGUCUGGGAAAUGGCUGCUCCAGCUACGGUCUGUGUGCUCCUUAUGCUCAUGGCACCUCUGUGCACCACGCGAUCGACACGCAUCCAGGCGACUGUCCUGGAUGAUAAUAGUGGGAGUGGAGACAAUCCGGGUGCCUCCAUCCUCCCCUCUGCGAGCGUGAAUUUGGGGGUGAAUCCUACAUCUGGGACUAUUGCUGUGAACUCUGUCAACGGCACCUUAACUUCAAUCAACAUCUUCAAUAGGAUUGUGAACUUCUUUAAGGAGUACAUGCUGCUAAUCAUUGUGGUAGGGUCCUUAGUUUUUGUGCUGCUCUUCAUUGUAUGUGCAGCUGCCAUCGUCCGGCAGAAACACAAGGCCUCUGCCUAUUACCCAUCUUCAUUUCCUAAGAAGAAGUAUGUGGACCAGAAUGACCGGUCGGGGGGUGCCAAAGCUUUCAGUGAAGUUCCUGAAAAGGCUCCCGAGACGCACCCGGAGGAGCCCGUGGACUCAUCCAAACAGCUGCAAGCUGAUAUAUUGGCUGCUGCCCAGAACUUGAAAUCCCCAGCCAAGGUCUCCAUGGCAAAUGGAGAUGGGACCAAAAUAGAGGAUAAGCCCCCAAAAGAACAGGAGGAAGGGACCAAAGUGGAGGACGACAAACAAACAGCUGAGUGUGUUUCUAAAGAAGAGGCGGCUCCCCAGGAGAAAGCUGAACCAGCAAAAGAGACGCCAGCUCCAAGUUGCACAGCAGAAACGGAGGCCAAAGAAGAAGAACCUCCCUCCACUGAGGAAGUUCAGCACGUGCAGCAGGCCAAUGAGUCAUUACCAGAAGAGCUCAAAGAAUGCCCCGGGGCUGCCGAUCCCGUCAUGCAAACCCCUGAAGAUGAGAAGCAAGAUGUGUGUGUUCCAGCAGCUCCUGAUACUGGUGCUGCAGGUGUCUAACACAGGAACUCGGGCGCUAGAAAAACGGACCUUCGUUCCUAAACAACACUAAAGCAAUGGACAAUCUCCAUUCAUCAGCUGACCACGUUAAUUGAUUUGGAAAUUGAUUCAACAUGCGACGGGCUAUUCUUCUAUUAAGUGGGCACAAUAGACACCCUUGUCAUUAUACCAGCCAUGGUGCCCAGCUCUAAUAUAAAAACAUAUUCGCUUUAGGACAGUGUGUUUUACAUUAACAGACCGUUCAGUUACUGUGUAAUUGCUUAGUAGCUCUCACUUACAGUAAGUACAUAUGUAGUGGUUAGAGGUGGGCUUGAUCAGAAUCCAUGACCUAGCUUUCAGGGUGAGUGACAGAUCCAGAAUGAAAUGUUGGGGCUUAAGCCUGUCUCGAAUAGCGGCCUUUAAUUAUAUAUGGUAUGACCAGUCAUUUAUAUGGCGCAAAUCCUGUGGCUCCUUACCCAGGUAUCUAGGGGAAAUCAAUGGGAGUUUUGCCUGAAUAAAAACUGUGUGAGAACCUAUGGAUUUGAACUCUACUUGGUGGGAAAUCUAGGGCCUUUAUCCAUUAGGGUCAACAUAUAGUUCAGAAGAAUUUCCAGGCAAUUCUUGGUUCUCUGUAAAAUAAGCUGUUGCUGGCUUUCUUGCAAAUGUUAUUUUUCUAAUUCAUUUUUAUACUAUUUGAUGGAGGACUUUGGGUGGAAAAGAAAUUGUGUGUGUGGAACGAGUGACACUAGAUGGGAUUUUUGGACCUCGUCCUCUCGACUAGUCUGAAAAGAGGAGGGUGCUUCAUAUAAUGGGCAGCUGGACCAUGUAAUUCCAUCUAGUGUGAAGAAUCUUGUUUUCAAACAUAACCUCAGACUUGUUGUCUGGCAUCGUAAAGGCUUUACCGAUAUUUAUGACCUUCUGUGAUAUUUUUUUCAAACAUCCUGCUCUUCAAAGGACUAUGAGAGGGAACCUGCAGCUCUUUGUAGACUUCCACAACUGAUAGUUUUACAGUUGUUUUCUUUGGCCUCCAUAUUUUGUUGCAGUGUAUAAUAAUUACUAUAGAUUAAAAAGAGUGAGCUGCUUAUAUCCACUGAUUAACUGUUCCAGAAAGAUGUUAAUAUGACUCAGAAAUAUAUUUUACUCAGGGCUUCCAUUAAAAAAAAAACCAAACGCAACCCUAACAACUUGACUAAAGAUACUAGGUAAUGGAGCGGGGAGAAGGAGAAGGAGAAAUCUAAUGCUCAGAAGUUAGCUUUUAAGUUUUAUGCCAACAUUCCACUCAUUUCUUAAGAAAAUUCCUGUUUUCAAUUUUGUUUUUUUUUCUUGCCUCCCUUUUCCACCAUUAUUAAUAAAGAAAUUUUCUAUGCGGA